AUGGAAUCGCUUGCAAGAACCAGCAAUCUCCUCUUCUCCCUUCUUGUCCUGCUUCUCUCAUGGCCGUGGCUUCCCACGGCGGCGGAGAACGUGAACCUCGACUUCCAGUCCUUCUCCAUCCGCAGCCUCACCCUCCUCGGCGACGCCUACCUCCGCAACGGCUCCGUGGGGCUGACCAGGGAAGCCGGAGUCCCCUCCUCCGGCGCCGGCGCCGUCCUCUGCAACGUCCCCAUCCGGUUCCAUGAUCCGGCGACCAACUCCUCCGCUUCCUUCUCUACCAGAUUCUCCUUCUCCAUCACCAACACAGACCCCGGCACCUCCGGCGACGGGCUCACCUUCUUCCUCUCGCCGGAGAACCAGACGCUAGGCGCCGCCGGCGAAUCUCUGGGCCUCUUCAACGCCUCUCAGCCUUCUCCUGCAGAUUCCUCCAUCGUGGCGGUGGAGUUUGACACCUUCAUGAACGCCGGCAUCGGCGACCCUAGCUCGAACCACGUCGGGCUGGACAUCGGCGGCGCUCGGUCGGUGCAGGCGGCGGACCUGGCGGCGCUGGGGAUCGACCUGAAGAGCGGCGGGGCGAUCACUGCGUGGGUCGAGUUCCUCUCCGGCGAGAAGACGUUCAGCGUCUGGGUGAGCAGCUCCGGCGACAGACCGGCGGCUCCGGUCUUCUCGACGGCGGCGUUCGACCUGUCGGUGAUCUUCCAGGAGUUCAUGUACGUGGGCUUCUCGGCUUCCACGGAGGGGAGCACGGAGGUGCACGCAAUCCUCGACUGGAGCUUCCGGACCUUCGGCCUGCCCGAGGGGAACCUCUCCUCGCCGGCCGCGAACAGUUCUUCAGAUGGUUCCCCCGGCGGCGUCAUCCCGGCGAUGCCCAUCUCCUCGCCGGAGAGGAGAAGCUCUCACCGGAAGCUCAGUCUUGCCCUCGUGAUCGCCGGACCAGUGGUCUUCUUCUGCCUGGUCUUCUCGCUGGUGGCAUGGGUCUCGCUGAUGAAACUGAUACGGCUGAGAAAACGUGAGAGAUUCACACCGGAGCUCCUGAAAGGUCCCCGGAAUAUCAGCUACCGGGAGCUGAGCGCCGCCACCGGGGGAUUCCACCGGAGCAGGAUCGUCGGGAACGGAUCCUUCGGCUGCGUGUACAGAGCCACCGAUCCGAGCUCCGGCAUGGCCUACGCCGUCAAGAGGUCGAGCCAUUCCCGGCAGGGGAAGAGCGAGUUCAUGGCGGAGCUCACCAUCAUCGCUCGCCUGCGGCACAAGAACCUCGUCCAGCUCGUGGGCUGGUGUGCCGAGAAGGACGAGCUGCUUCUGGUUUACGAGUUCAUGCCCAAUGGCAGUCUGGACAAGGUCCUCCACGAAACUCGCAGGCCGUCGGAGACCCUGGACUGGGCUCGCAGGGUGAGGAUAACCAGAGGCGUCGUCUCCGUUCUCAUCUACCUGCACCAGGAGUGCGAGCAGCAGGUGAUUCACAGGGACAUCAAGACCAGCAACAUCAUGCUGGACGCCCACUUCAACGCCAGGUUGGGGGACUUCGGCCUGGCGAGGCUGAUGGACCACGAUAAGAGCCCCGACUGCACCCUCACCGCCGGCACCAUGGGUUACCUCGCCCCGGAGUACGUCCAGUACGGGAAGGCCACCGAGAAAACCGAUGUCUUCAGCUUCGGAGUCGUCCUCCUGGAGAUCUGCUCCGGGAGGAGGCCCAUAGAGAAGCUCGCCGUUGACUCUGGUGACAUGGUCAACCUGGUUGACUGGGUCUGGAACCUGUAUUCCAACAACAAGCUCCUCGAGGCGGCGGACCCGAGCUUGAAAGGCGAGUUCGACGGAGACGAGAUGGUGCGGCUGCUCCUGGUGGGUCUGAGCUGCGUCAACCCUAACUCCGGUGAGCGCCCCUCUAUGAGAAGGGUCCUUCGGAUCCUCAACGGCGAGGCGGAGCUUCUGCUUGUGCCGAGAAUGAAGCCCCUCCCCGUUUUCUCCCACAGCCUCCCCCCCCUCUCCCUGCAAGACAUUGUUUCAGAUUGA